AUGCCUUAUAUCGCCCGGACAGGUGCUCUCUCCGAGUUAGCUCUCGGUGGCGGGCUCAUUGACCCCCGAGCCGAUAAACAGGCUUCAUUCGACCAACGGAUGAACUGCCGGGACGCAACCGACUUCAUUUCCAACACCAAGCUUUCAUCUUUGGAACCGAGGCACAAAAUGGCCGGUGUUAGUCCCACAACUUGGGGUGGGCAACGCCGCAAACCAGAUAGCGAGUAUCAAGCCAAGCUCGACAAUAUCCUGGCCCGUUCGGAGGAGCUUGGGCUGUCUCGCAGAGAAAAGAAUCCAGACCAGCCCUUGUCUGACCUUGUACCGGGGUUGGUUACCAGCGGUGGUCUCAGCCGCUCGCCUGCUUUCGACUGUCUGCCCGUAGUCUCCCACUGGACUGAUCGCACCGACGAGUCUUCGGCAGAGGACCCUGCUGCCACCGUCCGCCUUUCUUCGACAUGGGGUACAACCCAUCUCAUCGGAGAAGGAACUACUAUGGCCUACCCUCUUGGAGCCCCUUGUUGGUCGCUCAAGACGCACGGCAUAGGGCCGGUCGAGGCUGGAUCAAGCAAAUUUUCCCAGCAAUAUAUCCCUGAAACCGACACACUGACAACAUCGGUCACCUUGGCGCGUCGUCUCGAUACCCCUCAGACCGGGGGAGUUCUGGCGGCCGCCGCAAGUACCUCUUGGAUGCGCAACACGCGCGUUGCAGACGCCGUCGAUUGUGCAGUUGGGCUUCUAGCCGACGCCUCGACUCUCUUGGAAGCUCGUGAUAAGGUGAUCACAACUGGAACGACGGAGCGUCUAGGAUUCGCGGAAGUGAGAACCGUCGAACUCCCCUCGUGGUGCUCUGCUCGCAAGCCCCUCCCACCGAAGCUGAGCGGCGUGGCGCUAUCACCCGAUCAGAUCACUGUCGACCUCAUCGCAGCAGAGGGCUGCGAAGGCCCUCUGGUCAACACUAGCAUUUUCUCCAUGGGUGUAGGCUACAACAGGGGCGUCUAUGGCGGUUCAAUCUCUGGCUUGUGGGCUCUCAUGGACUCAGGUUUUGUCCUUGACUACUCUGUAGGUGUCAAAGACUCCGAUAUGGCAGACAAACUCUUUUCUGCUUUCUCGGAUGUAGCUGCCGUCGCUGAAGUAUCCCCUUCUGCUGGCCCGCACGUCGCCGAUGUACGAAUCGUCAAGGGCUGCAAUUAUGGCUGUUUACGGCAGAAGACCAUCAUCGAGGAUGUCCACCCUGUCCCCUCCCGCCCGUGUAUAGUUAUAUGGGACGAUCUCGCCCGGCUUGCCCGUUACAAAUUGGCCGAUGCCGUCUUCUGUCACGUCUACUACGACGCGGGUGGCGGUGAAAAUAUGGCUGCCAUCGCCGGUCUUGGGUGCGUUGCACACGACUGGGUUGAUCUCGGAGCUGAUGUCGCCUGCGGAGAAGUGAGCAACAUCAUCCCUUCUCUGACGCGGGGGUCAUUGGAGGAGGAACCAUUAGCUGAGGUUUACUCGCGCUUGACUGGUGCCAUGAUCUGGUAUCGGGACAACGAUCCCUAUAACCCCGCAGCCCUCUGUCUUCUCUUCACGCACUGGUGGCAGCUCGCCAACUGCCGACACAGACCUAUCACCCUUCUCGGCAGGACAGAUCUCGGUGUCGAAGCAGCCAUCGCCGCCACAGUGCCGACAGAGAGGCCCUCUUUGGAGCACUUCCGAGCAUGCGGCACUCAGGUCGAGCGUGGGGAGCGUCCGUUCGCCAACGCCGAGGCACGGCUCCAAUCGAUCCUUUCCUCUGACCCUUUGCCGGAAACCCGUGCCGUCAUCGACCUUCUUGUAGCGCCUGUCCUCGCUUACGUUAAGGGGGCUGAUAGCCUACCUUGUGAGGGUGAGUACGUGGGGGCUGUUCUCGCCGCCGAACUGGCUUAUCCCCACGGACAGAAAAUCAUAGAGCUAUGGGACCUUGCUAUCGUCAUGUGGGAGUGUGGCGCCUUGUGGGCGUCUGGAAUUGCAUGUCUUUGCUAUACUCACAAUGGAAAGGCUAACUGCGACCGGGCUCGGGAUGACUUGGCUGACACCACCUGGACUUGA